UUCUUGUCCUUCAGGCAGCAGCGGCAUUCCGGGUGGAAAGAGACGGAGAGCGGUGACAAGAAAGACGGACAGGAGGGGUUCCAGGGCCGCGGGAGGAGUAUUUAACACUAAUAUAAAAACCGAUACGUGUCAGGACGGUGUGCGGCGGGAAAUGGACAAGUCCGGGCCGGUGCAGGAGCAUGAAGCCUUAAACUAACACUCCUCCAUACAUCCACAUUCUGCUGCCUUGCUCAUCAGAACCGGCAGCCCCGGCCCUCGGCUGUGGUUUUGGCUCCCUCUCCUCUGAGGCCAGAAGGAAAACACUGAAMUUUCAGCUGCCGUGCAGACACACACACAUGCUGCAUUGCUGUCGGUCUCAAAGCCCCGCUGCGUGUGUCCGGAGGGCUCAGCUGCUGACCCGCUAGCAGCUGGCACAGAACCCGGGCCGGUCCCGAGGGUCCUGAGGGUCAGGGCUUCGUUAACCUCGGCUCGGUGAACGUCGAGGCUUCGGUGCAGACGGGACGAGGGGACCACCGGGGCUGGACCUCAGAGGCCGAUGGAGCCCAGCAUGGAGUCCUGCCUGGUCCAGGUCCUGCAGAAGGACCUGGGCCGCCGGCUGCAGGUGGGCCAGGACCUCAUCCACUACAUCCUGGACAAGGACAAGUCCCCCGACCUGGAGCAGGACCAGACGGCGCUGGACAAGAUGGUGGACGGCAUCGCCAGCUCCUGGGUCAACUCCAGCAACUUCAAGGUGGCUCUGCUGGGGUUGGACCUCCUCUCAGCCUUAGUGACGAGGCUACAGGACAGAUUCAGGGCUCAAGUGGGAACAGUUCUGCCAAGCCUUAUCGAUCGUUUGGGCGACGCCAAAGACCAAGUUCGAGAACAAGACCAAACGUUGCUGCUAAAGAUCAUGGAGCAGGCUGCGUCUCCACAGUACGUGUGGGACCGAAUGUUGGGAGGCUUCAAACAUAAAAACAACAGGACCAGAGAAGGAGUGUGCCUUUGUCUCAUCGCCACGCUGAACACAUACGGAGCUCAAGGCCUGACGUUAAGUAAAAUAGUCCCUCAUGUGUGUAACCUCCUGGGUGAUCCCACAGCUCAGGUGCGAGACGGAGCCAUGAGCUGCCUGGUGGAAAUCUACAGACACGUGGGGGAGAGGGUGAGGCUGGACCUCAGCAAGAAAGGCCUUCCUCAGUCACGGUUGAAUGUAAUCUUCAGCAGGUUUGAUGAAGUCCAAAGAUCCGGGAACAUGAUCUCGUCCUCCGGCUCAGAUAAGAACUUUGAGGAUGAAGACUCGGUGGAUGGAGGCAGGUCCUCCUCCUCCUCCUCCUCCAAAGCGCCCCCUGGUGGAAGGAGGACUGUGAUGAGCUCCGUUAGAAGGCCCAGCUCUGCCUCUUCUACAAAGUCCACAGGUAAAGAAGCAGCAGCUGGAGCCGUGGAUGAAGAGGAUUUUAUUAAAGCCUUUGAAGACGUUCCUUCAGUCCAGGUCUACUCCAACAGAGAGCUGGAGGACCAGCUGACAAAGAUCAGAGAAGUUCUGUCUGAUGAGAAACACGACUGGGAGCACCGGGUGGUGGCUCUGAAGAAGAUCCGUUCCCUCAUGCUGGCCGGAGCCACGGAUUACGAAGGUUUCCCUCAGCAGCUGAGGCUCCUGGAGGCCUCCUUCAAGCUGUCCGCUAAAGACCUGCGGUCUCAGGUGGUCCGCGAGGCCUGCAUCACUCUGGGAUAUCUGUCGUCCAUUCUGAGGAACAAGUUCGACCACGCAGCAGAGAGCGUCAUGCCCACUCUGCUCAACCUGGUGCCCAACAGUGCCAAAGUCAUGGCCACGUCUGGAGUGGCCGCCAUCCGCCUCAUUCUGAGGCACACACACUACCCUCGUCUCAUUCCCAUCAUCACCAGUAACUGCACCUCUAAAUCUGUAGCCGUCAGACGGGCCAGGUCCAUCGCCAGGAAGUGCUACUGGGGUUUCCACGGUCACUACAGCCGGGAGGCGGAGCUUCUGUUUCAGGCGCUGGAGUCCACCUAUCAGAAGGCUCUGCAGUCGUACCUGAAGAGCUCAGAUAGCGUGGUGUCCCUGCCUCAGUCCGACCGCUCGUCUUCGUCCUCACAGGAGAGUCUGAAUCGGCCGAUGUCUGUGAAGAGCGUCAUCGGGGGGAGCAUAUCGAGGACUCCUGGGAAGCUGGUGGGCUCCAGGGUCUCGUCAGGCUCGCUCCAGCGGUCCCGCAGCGACAUCGACGUGAACGCCGCCUCCAGCGCCAAGUCUCGUCUGUCCUCCGUCCCCGCCUCCUCGCCGUUCAGCUCUGCGGCCACCCUCCCCCCGGGAUCCUACGCCUCCUUAGACGGCGCUCCUGGUAAAAGCGAUGGACGUGUUCGCACCAGGAGACAAAGCUCAGGCAGUGUGGGCGGAGCUAGCUCAUCGGUGGUGGACAGCAGGGGACGAAGUCGAGCCAAAGUCGUCUCCCAAUCUCAGCGAUCCAGAUCAGCCAAUCCCAUCAGUGCCGGCAGUCGCUCCAGUUCUCCGGGCAAGCUGCUGGGUCAGAGCGGCUACGGUCGCAUCCCUCGAGCCACGGCCUCGGCCUCCAGCACGCCGGCUGACAAACGCAGCCGAAUCCCUCGCAGCCAGGGCUGCAGCCGGGAGACCAGCCCCAACCGGAUGGGCCUGGCCAGCCUGUGUGGUAAACCUCUUCUCCCUGCUGCUCUUUCCUACCGCACGCUAGCCCGGAGCCGCAUUCCCCGUCUCAGCAUGAGUCAGGGCUGCAGUCGCGACACGAGUCGCGAGAGCAGUCGUGACACCAGCCCGGCUCGGGGCUUCGCUCCUCUGGCUUCACGGCGUCACUCCCGUUCAACCAGCGCUCUGUCCACAGCAGAACCUCACGGCCAGUCAGAUCGUUACGGUUUGAUUCACCAAGCGAGGAUCUCUGCGUCGGUCAACGCCAUGAGGGUCCUGAACACCGGCACCGAGGUGGAGGCGGCGGUGGCCGACGCUCUGCUGUUAGGAGACUCCCGGAACAAGAGGAAGCCGUUGAGGCGGCGGUACGAGUCUCCCGGGAUGUAUUCCGACGACGACGCCAACAGCGACGCCUCCAGCGCCUGCUCGGAGCGCUCGUACAGCUCACGCAACGGGGGCGUCCCUCACUACCUGCGCCAGACGGAGGACGUGGCCGAGGUCCUGAACCACUGCGCCAGCUCCAACUGGUCCGAGAGGAAGGAGGGCCUACUGGGGCUCCAGAACCUGCUCAAGAGCCAAAGAAUACUCAGCCGAGUGGAACUGAAGAGACUCUGUGAGAUUUUCACGAGGAUGUUUGCAGAUCCACACAGUAAGAGAGUGUUCAGCAUGUUCCUGGAGACUCUCGUGGACUUCGUCACAGUCCACAGGGAGGACCUGCAGGACUGGCUGUUCGUCCUGCUCACCCAAYUGCUGAAGAAAAUGGGUGCAGACCUACUCGGGUCAGUCCAGGCCAAAGUCCAGAAGGCCCUGGAUAUCACCAGGGAAUCCUUUCCCUUUGACCAGCAGUUUAACAUUUUGAUGAGGUUUAUUGUGGACCAGACUCAGACACCAAACCUUAAGGUGAAAGUGGCUAUUUUAAAGUACAUCGAGACUCUGGCCCGGCAGAUGGAUCCAGCAGACUUUGUUAACUCCAGCGAGACUCGACUCGCGGUGUCCCGGAUCAUUACUUGGACCACGGAACCCAAAAGUUCUGAYGUCAGGAAGACCCUUCAUAGCUGGGUGAGCGAGGAGCUAGCUGGCAGGUCCAGCUCCGCGGCCCUCCUGUCCACCGAGGGCAACCAGGAGGAGAGGUGUAAGCAGGCAGCCCAGGUGGUUCUGAUCGCCCUGUUUGAGCUGAACACGCCCGAGUUCACCAUGCUGCUGGGAGCCCUCCCCAAGACCUUCCAGGACGGCGCCACCAAGCUGCUCCACAGCCACCUGAAGAACUCCAGCAACACCAGCAGCAACGUGGGGUCUCCCAGCAACACCAUCGGCCGGACGCCACCACGCCACGCCCCCAGCAGGACCAGCCCCCUCACCUCGCCCACGAACUGUUCCCAUGGGGGGCUUUCACCCAGCCCUCCGCCUCACUCCACACCCGCCGCCCCCUCCCUCAGGGUCCUUCGCAGAGCAUUUUCACCCAGCAUGAUGGAGUACGACACGGAGAACAUGAACUCUGAGGAGAUCUACAGCUCGCUGCGAGGCGUCACCGAGGCCAUCCAGAACUUCAGCUACCGGAGCCAGGAGGACCUGAACGAGCCGGGCCGACGGGACGGGAAGAGGGACGACGCGGCGGGAAGGGAAGGAGUCACCUCGUCGCCCGGUUCUGAUGCCCGUUUGGGUUUGGAGGUGUUGGAGAGCGGCCGCACCGCCUUGGACAACAAGACCUCGCUGCUCAACAUGCCGUCACCGCGCUCCUUCUCUGGGCCGCGUGGCCGCGAGUUCUCCCCGUAUGGAUACGGAGAGAGCAUCUGCACCUACGACAAGAGCGCCCUGAAGGAGGCCGUGUUCGACGACGACGUGGAGCAGUUCAGAGACUCCCGACGGCAGGAAAGCGGUGAAAACAAGAUGGCUCCACUGAAAGGCUUUGCUCCUGUCGGUCCGGACCACUCGGACCUGGUGGCCGACGUCCUGAAGGAGCUGUCCAAUCACAACGAGCGCUCCGAGGAGCGUAAGGGCGCCCUGGUGGAGCUGCUGAAGAUCACCCGGGAGGACAACGCGGCGGUGUGGGACGAGCACUUCAAAACCAUCCUGCUGCUUCUCCUGGAGACGCUGUGCGACAAAGACCACACGAUCCGAGCUCUGGCUCUGCGGGUGCUGAAGGAAAUCCUGAGGAACCAGCCGGCCCGAUUCAAAAACUACGCCGAGCUGACCAUCAUGAAGACCCUGGAGGCUCACAAAGACUCUCACAAAGAGGUGGUGCGAGCGGCCGAGGAGGCGGCGUCCACGCUGGCGGGCUCCAUCCACCCGGAGCAGUGCAUCAAGGUUCUGUGUCCCAUCGUGCAAACGGCCGACUACCCCAUCAACCUGGCCGCCAUCAAGAUGCAAACGAAGGUCAUUGAACGCAUCGCCAAGGACUCGUUACUGCAGCUGCUGCCCGACAUCAUCCCCGGCCUGCUGCAG